AUUUAUUAUAAAAAUGGAUAGAAAACAAAAAUUAGACACUUAAUUAAAUAAGAUUGCUUUUGAUUUGAUUACCUAUUCAACUCUUGGUAUGUAUACAUGUGCUAAUGCAACUUAGGAUACUUUGUUGGCGUAGGUGCUUCUCUAUUUUUUAAGAGAAGAGCAUUUAUACGAAAUUUGAGUGCAGGUCUCUUUGCUGGAUUUGCAUAUAGUGAAAAUCGGGAUGCCUUUCAUAGACAGCUCUGAAAUAUU